GCUCACAUAGCGACGCGUACACAAGGUCUCCCUCUCUCCCUCCUUCGGUGUGUCGUUGGCGAGGAGGGUGGAAAUGUCUUACAACAUUCCCGGCGGAGAUACAGGUGUGUUGGCGGGAACUCCUGCACCGGCGACGCCUUGCGAAGGUGACUUUCUGGAAAAGCUGCACAACUGCGAGGACCAUGGGUGGUUUCUAUGGGUGGCAGCUUUCUGCGUGUUGGUGGCGAUCUGCGGGCUGUGCUCCUGCUACGUGGUGACCCCGAUUGUUCGAAGUUUCCGGGAGCUUCUCGGCAUGGAACACGGGCGGCAACCAAAGGGCGUUGUCGUACGGCAGGACCAGCACCCGCACCAGCAGAAGCACCACCACCACCAGCAGCAGCAACAGCAACAGCAACAACAGGAUCGUGGUCGACUGCGAGGAACAGGAGAGGGAGAAAAACGUUAUGCCCGGGACAGCAAGCACGCGCGGCCGAAGUCACACCGCCAACGCUAUCACCACUGGUACCUCGACGACCUCCUCAAGAUAACUCCCCAAGAUGAAGUUGAGUUCGGGGUGCGCCAUUCCCCCGCGUACACCGCGACGCCGACGCCACGGGUGUCCAGAACAGCUUCGGGCUUGGCACCGCAGUCACGGCGACACCAUAAUCACCCCCAGCAUCGCCCUCGAGAGCGACGAGCGUCGUUCCCCAUAUCGCCCAUGUCAAGCCGCGGCGAGCCUUGCAGCAGGUCGGUGCUGUCGGCCCCCGCGCGCAGAAAGAGCAGCGACUACUACUACGACGACUACCACGCUCAUAACAGGAGGCACAGCGUCAGCUCGGGGACCAGAAGGGCGGUGGCUGUCGUGGACGAGCCGGGGAUCGGAGCCGAAGCCACGUUGAGAGGAGGCGGUUGGAUGGGUGCGGCAAACGGCCGCUUGUAAGCUAGAAAUAUCCGUAUUUUUGCCAUCGUGUCCGUGUCUGUCUGUAGAUAAACUCGUUGAUACUGGUUUUUGUUGUUGUGGUCUUGCCCGUCGUGACGAAGGAAGGGCCGUCCCUCCCGAUUUUCUUUCUUUUUUUUUUCGGCCUAUUGCCCGUUUGUAUUUUACCAUGGCAAUUAGCGUUCGAUUAUUUGUUCGUUCACGGAACGAAAACGUGAGUGGUAGAUCCUCUUUUUCUGGAACGCCUAGUCUCUCUUUUCUCUUUUGUAUGUUGUGUG